AUGGCAGGCGAUUCGGGGCUGAGGCCCAUGCCCAUGUCCCCCGGACAGUCGCCAGUCGAGGUACUGGGUGCGGGUAUUGCUUGGGCGAGGAGUAGGAGGGGGAGGACGCUGAUUUUUGGAGCGGUGUUCGUGGUUGUAACAUUAGCGGUUGUGGGACUUGGGAAUGCGGAUUCCCUAUCCACCGCCCGCCAACACCUCUCCUCCUCCUCCUCCUCCUCCACGUACUGGCAUCCACACCUCCCAUCCAUCCCGUCAUCCCUCACCAACUCCCCCCUCCGCCCCUCCAACACGACCCUCCAGCUCGAAAACGGCCAACUCGAGCACCCACCCUCUAACCUGCACAAAGCGACACCCAAUUUCCACCUCCUCCUCGCCGCCCAGCAAGACAGCCCCGAAUUCUGCAAAACCACCCUCUCGGCCAUGAUCCUCAACUACCCGCCCGCCACCAUCAUCAACCUGUUUCGGAAAUUCGACAGCGAAAAGGAGAGGGAGAGGGCGAGGGUGAGGGGGAUAUUGCAGUUCCUCGAGAAUGGGAGAGUGGUCGGGGACGAGGAUCUGGUGUUGAUUGCCGAUGGGCAGGAUACGUGGUUCCAGUUGCCGGGCGAGGUGGUGGUUCGGCUGUAUCGGGUGGUGGUGGAGGAGGCGAAUGAGAGGUUGGUGGAGGAAUAUGGGAGGGAUGAGCGAGGUGUGCAGAGGUAUCGUCAGAGGAUUGUUUUUGGGGCGCGGAAGACGUGUGAGGGGGAUGAGGAGGAGUCCCUCGCGUGCAAGUAUGCUCCGGAGUCGCCGCUCCCGGAGAAUCUGUACGGGAAGGAUACGGAGAAAGAGAAGGAGCUUAGUCGGGCGAGAUAUUUGGAUUCGGGCUUGAUGAUGGGACCCGCAAAAGAUCUAAGAGCCUUGUAUCAAGCUGCUGUGAAGAAAUUCGACGAAGCUGAUAGCACGAUGGAUUCCGCUCAGAGCGUCUUCGCAACCCUGUUCGCAGAGCAGCAACGCUCCCGAGGCGCGCCGAUACCGAAGACUGUACCCAAAAAGAACCCAGGCUGGCUAUCCUGGUUCACCGCAGGAGGCGAAGAUUCGUCUUCUCCCAACAACAACCUCAACCCCGUCGCCCCCAGCGAAGUCCCCGGCCACGAAUUCUCCAUGGGUCUCGACUACACCAACACGCUCUUCCAAUCCCUCCUCCACCCCGCAGACAACGAACUCGUGCCCCUAAAACACGACAAAUCCUCCACCGCGGCGGAACUCUCCCAGCUCCACCGUCCCGAUACAGCAACCCCUUCCUUGGACUUACCUCCCGCCCUGGCGCAUGCGAAACCGCCCUUCUGGACCCCCGAUUUCACCAGCAGCAAUCCAGCGAUCCCGACGCCGAAUGCUGACGUCCCAUUCAUCGAGCCCCUGACGCUGAGAAAGGAUCUAGAUACCAUGGAACCGAAAGAUACCCCCUGGACGGCCGUUAAACUCAUACAAAACACCUACACAGGCUCGAUUCCCGCAAUCCUGCACCUCGACAAGAAAACGGCACCUCUACGAAAGCGCAAUCGUCCCACCCGCCGCAGCAACCCCUCCUCCCCUUCCCAUCCCGCCGCCAGAGACACUGCCGCCGCCGCCGCCACAGGACUCUCAUGGUCCUCACUCUGGUACUCUGGCUCCGAACGCGCCCUCCUGCGCUCCUAUCUCCGCACGCCGCAAUCCCAACUCGGCUUCCACAACGCCGCCAUCGGCGGGGACUACAUGUGGGACCUGCGCGGCGGCCGGGGCGGGGUCUGGCUUGCGGAUCCCGAAGUCUGGCUUCCCUGGGGCGAGUUCGACGGCGUCUGCGGUAGUGUGGAGCAGAUGCGGCGCGUCUUGGGGGCUGAUGGGAAGGGUUUCUGGUUGCAUGAGGGCGAGGAUGGGGCCGAGGAUGAUAGAAGGAGGAUGGAGGGGUUGCUAGUGGAGGAGAUUCGCGAGGAGGAGAGGAAGGCUAAGGAGGAAUGGAGGAGGGUUCCUGAAAAGGGGGGUGGGGUCGAGAGGGUGCUAUGGGAGAAGAGGGUUGCGGGGAGGGUGAGGGACAAGGUGGAGGCGGAGAGGAGGGAGAGGGUGAGGAAGGAAAAGGAGGAUAGGGAAAAGGAGAGGAAGGAAAAGGAGAAGGAGAAACAGAGGGGAAAGGAGAAAGGGGGAGGGUAG